AUGGCAAUGAUUGCUGCCAUUACUCAUGAGACAGGAUUCAAUAUCCAAUCUUCACCCACAGGUGCUGCUGAAUUUGACAAUACACAGCAGAUCUUGGUGGUAUCUGAAGUCGCUGGUAACCAAGUCGUCAGCUUUAACCAGCAGAAGAGCCUAGAGUAUUAUUCACAGGAAGCACCUUUGAGACAAGCCCAGUGCGCAAUCACCAGAGAUCAACAGAAUUGCUGUGUAGAUGAAGCGCUGGAGGCAAGGAAUUUGGAUGGGGUGAUGGGGGAAACUAAAGAUAUGGACUCUUCAGAGCUCCUAUGGAUAUGCAACAAAUAUGUGAAAAUGCACGCUCGAUAUGCGAAAUGUGCACUUCAUGGCUGGGCUCUAGACCUCAAGAUGGGCAAUACUGAUCUUUUACUUGGAUUGGUAGUGGUAAAUAUUUGUCCUGCACUCCCCCUCUACUCUGCAUGUUUCUUCCAGCCUGUGUUUGAACUCCAGCAUAUACUGGACAUUCCAAUCUUGACAAUGUAUGGCAAGCUGAUGGGGAUGCAAUACCUCUACCAUGCCUCUACCAUGGCUAGGCACUUGUUGACAUCUGGUAUUGAAUCUGGGACACUUCUUGGCUACACUGCAUAA